AUGCUGAUGCUAGGAGUAUCCCGUUUCACGCAAGUGAGGGACGGGAUUCGAAGUUCUCUCCUACGUCAGCGAUCGAAGAUUAGAGACGCCGCCGCGUUUGCCAAGGAAAGUAAAAUAAGGUGGGCCGGACACGUGAUGCGCUUUAACGACAACCGUUGGACCAGAGCCGUGAGCGACUGGGUUCCCUGCGAUAUUAAGCGCACUACAGGAAGACCGCCGACCCGAUGGUCAGAUUUCUUCACGAAGUCCUUCAAAGAAAAAUAUGAUGCUCUUCGUGUCCCACACGAAAGGAGGAACCACUGGACUACUCUGGCACGCGAUCGGGACAAAUGGAAGAAUUACUGGCGCCCGCUCGACCAGUUCGAAGAUCAACGGGAGUCAAGGUGA